CUUAAUGGCGGCUGCGGGUGGUGGUGAGGAGCAGAGGUUAGCGCAGUGUCAGGCGUAUGUGCAACGGCAUAAUAUCCAAGAGCUAGUUAAGGAUGCUAUCGUCAGCCUUUGUAUUCACAAACCGGAUAACCCAGUUUUAUUCUUGAAAGAGCACUUUGAACGACUUCAUGAACGUCAAUUACAGGAAUCAAGUCAGGGUGCAGAUCAGAACGAAGAUGAUGACACGAUUGAGGAACCUCCAAAAAUGCCGUCAGGGAAGCGCAGGCAUGGGAUUAGUGCAGAGCCUCCUGAUGAAAACGAAGCUUUCAACUAUGAUAAAGUCGUAAUACCGAAGGAUGAUGAGACAAGAAGGGCUCUGGAAGCCGUUAUGUGCAAGAAUAUUUUGUUUUCUCAUCUAGAGAAAGACGAGCAAAAAGCAAUAUUCGAUGCUAUGUUCCCAGUUGUGAAAAAUCGUGGCGAAGUGAUAAUUGAACAAGGGGAACAGGGAGAUAAUUUUUAUGUGGUUGAUUCUGGUGAGGUUGACAUUUUCGUGAACGCGGAAUACACGGGAUCCAUCAAAGACGGUGGAAGUUUUGGUGAGCUGGCUCUUAUAUAUGGCACUCCUCGGGCAGCAUCCAUUGUUGCGAAAUCAGAAGUCGUUAAAAUGUGGGCUAUUGAUCGUAUGACGUAUCGUAGCGUCCUUAUGGGAACUACAAUGCGUAAAAGGAAGCUUUAUGACGAAUUCCUUUCCAAAGUUCAAAUUCUUUCUGAUCUCGACAAAUGGGAAAGAGCAAAUGUAGCCGACGCGCUAGAACGCUGCGAUUUUGCGCAAGGGACGAGAAUUGUUGAACAGGGACAACCGGGAGAUGAAUUUUAUAUUAUUGUUGAGGGUGAAGCUGAUGUAUUGCAAAGAAGGAGUGAGGACGCGCCAUUUGAAAUUGUUGGUCAUCUGGGACCUUCCGACUACUUUGGUGAAAUCGCUUUACUACUUGACCGUCCUCGAGCUGCUACCGUUGUUGCAAAGACCCCGCUGACUUGCGUCAAAUUGGAUCGUGCACGAUUUGAACGAGUGAUGGGUCCUGUUCGGGAAAUCCUCAAAAGAGAUGUUCAAAACUAUAAUUCUUAUGUGAAGCUUAUGACCUAAAG